AUGAGCCAGCUACUCACGGCGCGACAGGCGGAGGAGCUACACAAGUCAAUCAUUGCCUACUUGGCUUCCGCGAACCUGCCUCAGAGCUCUAUUGCGCUACGAGAAGAACUGGGCGAUUCAGUUACUGUUGACGACUCCACAUUGAAGAAAUAUGAGGGACUUCUAGAGAAGAAAUGGACCAGUGUGGUCCGACUACAGAAAAAGAUUAUGGACUUAGAAUCACGGUGUGCCUCGCUCCAGGCUGAGCUGGAUACUGCGACUCCAACCUCCUUAUCUCGACGAAACCAAGAUCCCGCCUCGUGGCUGCCCCGGGCACCAGCUCGCCACGACCUCGAAUCGCACCGAUCACCAAUCACCUGCGUCGCUUUUCACCCUAUUUUCUCAUCCCUUGCGUCUGGCUCGGAAGAUACAACCAUUAAGAUUUGGGAUUGGGAGCUGGGUGAGCUUGAACGGACUAUCAAGGGACACACUAGGGCUGUCUUAGAUGUGGAUUAUGGUGGCCCGCGAGGGGGUACUUUGCUUGCAUCUUGUUCCUCCGAUCUCACAAUCAAACUGUGGGACCCUGCAGACGAAUAUAAAAAUAUCCGAACCUUACCAGGCCAUGACCACAGUGUAUCUGCAGUUCGCUUUAUCCCGUCAGGGGCUGCGGGAUCUCCAAUGUCAGGAAAUCUCCUGGUAUCAGCAUCUCGUGAUAUGACACUACGAAUUUGGGAUGUGACAACAGGUUACUGCGUGAAAACAUUACAGGGCCAUGCUGCAUGGGUGCGUGAUGUCACACCUUCUCCAGAUGGUCGGUUCUUGUUUUCGGCGGGCGACGACCAAAUUCCUCGAUUGUGGGAUGUUUCGUCAGGAGAGACCAAAUCGACAUUCUUGGGACACGACCACUACAUUGAGUGUGUUGCAUUUGCUCCAUCCACAAGUUACCCACACCUUGCAGCUCUUGCAGGUCAGAAAAAACCGCCACCGACUUCUUCAUCGGCGGAGUUUGUUGCGUCAGGAGGUCGCGACAAGACCAUUCGUCUUUGGGAUGCACGAGGUAACUGUAUCAAAACACUCGUUGGACACGACAACUGGGUGCGCGGGUUGGUCUUCCACCCAGGUGGGAAAUAUCUUUUGUCAGUGGCGGAUGAUAAAACACUACGUUGCUGGGAUCUCACUCAGGAAUGCAAGUGCGUGCGUACAAUUGAUGCCCAUGAUCAUUUCGUCAGCUCAAUCAGGUGGGCUCCUCCCUUGAUGAAGGACACCGGGGCCAACGGUGAUGCUGGAGCCAACGGUACAUCAUCGAAUGGUGCGAAAGAGGACCCGAACGCAGCAAACAAGAUGUCCAUUCGAUGCGUCUUAGCGACUGGUAGUGUGGAUCUCAAGGUCAAAGUUUUUGCAUCAUGA